AACUGCCCUGCUGCUCUCAUAAUUUGUAACAAUUUAAUAUCUAUCAUAACUGCUUCUAAAACAUUUAAAAAAUACCCCCAGUUAUAAAAAAAUAAUCGAAAUAUGUUUCGUUUUUAUAUCAAUUGUAAAAAUGCGGGAAAAGUAUCCACACGAAACAACUGCUUAGAAAAUGUCCCGCCAUUUUCUGUCCUCCAUAUCUCAAUUCCUAUACGAGAGAUAAUAAAAUGAUCAUUGUUUACAAAAAUAAUUGUUUGGAAAGACACGUGUUUGGACAAUGUAGUGCGUGACAGGUGAUAAAUAAGUCGAGAACUUUGGAAGACCAACAAUUUGCGAAGUGUUUGUUUUACUUGAUUUAACUGUAAAUCGCGAGCCUCUGUGAAAAAAAAUGAUCAAGUAUGACAAGUUAUGUUCAGCGAUAGCAGAAAACAAUUGGAGCUUUUUAAUUGAAAAUAUAAAACCAAAAGAUUUUGCGCGGGAUGACGAAGGAAAUUUGAUCAACAAAAAUAUUUUGGCAAAACUUGCCGAAACACUGACAUCUCCAGACCUGAAUAUUCCCAAUAAUGUGAAAAUUGUUAUUCUCAAAUGCUUUGGCAAUGCUUGUCUAGCUGGUUAUGUUUAUGAAGAAUUUUCACAAGACAUUAAAGAUGACAAAUUAUUGCAUGACUGCUGUCACAAAUUAUAUGCCCUGCUCAUUGAUAGUCCCAAAACAACAAGCGAAUCUUUUCCAUAUGACGGGAUAAUUCAAUGGACAGUAAACUAUAUUCUAACACACUUUGAUGUUCCUGAAGAUUCCAAAGACUGUUUGGAAAUGUUGAGGUUGAGCGUUCAAUUUCUAUGCAAUUUACUAUUUGUUAGUGAAAACAAAAAUUUACCAGCUCCGUUGAUCACAGAUGACUUCAAAUCUGCAAUAAUAUUUCUGGCUGCGCCAAAGCAAAUUCCUAUCUGCAGAGCAGCUUGUACAUUUUUACAUAACGCCCUGAAAACAUCGUCGGAAAGCUAUUACAAAGGAUUACAAGUCCAUAGGAUGGUGGAAACUUUGAUAGCAGCAGAUAAGUUAGAGGUUCAUGUAGCAGGACAGAGUCUCUUAGUUUUGUUGAAGAGGCUUCAUUGGCUGGAAAGCGUAUAUGAAGAUUUAUCCAUUGAAUCAAAACUCUACCUGUUAGCAAUAAUUCACCAGGAUGUGAGCGAGACAGUGUACUCGGAGAGCGAUAGUGGAAAGAGCACAAACUUUCCAAACGAUCUGGUCGAAUUUUUGUCAAAGAGAUUUAAAAGGAGAAGUGAUUUGAUACUUAAGACAGUGGAUUCUUAUUUGGAUGGUACGGAACCGGAAGAAAUAUCUUUGCUUUUGGACAUAAUUGGUGUAAUUUCUUGCAAAGAUUCGCAAGAAUGUUGUAUCCUUCAAAACGACAAAAGCCUUGUGAUAAACUGCAUCUUCCUCUUGAAAUCUAUACACAUGGCAGGGAAAGAAUCGAACAAUCAUUUCACGCCCCUACAAAAGUUGAAUGACGUUGCUCCCUGCAAUUGGGAGAUGAACUCUGGACAAGAAACUAUUCAAAAUCAUCCAGCUUUCGGAUUCAAAGCUGCACUCAUCAGAGCUAUUGGAAAUUUAGUACACAAGCACAAAGGCAAUCAAAAAUUACUUCGUGAAACUGAUGCCAUUCCUCUACUCUUGGAUUGCUGUAAUAUAGAUGCAAGAAAUCCACUGAUAAUGCAAUGGGCAAUAUUUGCAUUGAGAAACGUGUGUGAGCAAAGUCCGGAGAAUCAAGAGGUCAUUCGUAAUUGCAACAGAAUUGGAAUAAUCGACAACGAGAUGAUAAAAGAGAUGGGAAUAAAGUUGCAGGAGACUGAAGACGGUAAAGGAAUCGGGAUUAUUCCUUUGCCACGAAAUGAGUGAUGAUAUUUUUACGAAUGAAAAUCGAUCGAUACUUGUCAAAAAUCUUCAGUAAAAAUGCUCCUUUGCUGAAGCUAUUGAUAUGGAACGAUUAUUUUAUUUAUUCAUUUUAAAUGGAAUUUAUAUUUUAAUUUUUAUGCUCGUUUCUACCAAUAAAUAAUCAGCCACGCAAAUGCAAGUGUUGCAAACCUCAAA